AUGGUGGCUCUCUUGGUCCGCUCCGGCGCGAGCAUGACCCUGCUAGAUCAGUUCGGUCGAACGCCGCUGGAGCUGAGCGUCUCGGCGGAGGUGCGGGAGCUUCUACGGGAGUGCCUGGACUACGAGCGGAGCAAGCAGCUGGUGUCGUUCGCUCGGAAGAGCGUGGUCCUCGCCACCUCCGACAGCGAGCCCCUGUGCGUCGACUUCCUGCCCCUCGAGCCGUCCACCCUAAUCGGGGACGCUAAGAGAGCGCGGUUGGGCAUAUGCUGUUGCCCGGGCCGCAACAAGAAGCGACAUCGACGCGACAUUUUCAAGGACAUCAGCGUGCUCACUGCGGUGGAAACGAACGUGUUGGUGACGCUGGUGCGCGAGGUGGAGCUGCAGCGGAUGGGCGCCACCCAGCUCUUCACCCGCUCGAAGGACGUGGGGAUCGAGAGCGUGUGGGCGCCCAUCACUGACAAGUGGAUCCCCGAAUCGAUGCGCAUCCUCGUCGACCUCGUCGAGCUCCUCCUCACACGCCUGCGCGAGGACAAGGUCAUCGUCGUGCACUGCAACGGCGGGAAAGGCCGAUCGGGGAUGGUGGUGGUGAGCGUACUGGUGGCGCUGGGCAUGAAGCCCGGUGAUGCCAUCGACCUGGUCCGGGCCGCGCGCCCGGGGACUAUCCGCAACCCGGCGCAGGUCUUCUACGUGAAGCUGUUCGCGCAGACGUGGCACCAGCGCCACUCGCCCGGGCCGCUGCGCUUGAACCCGCCUCCGCUUCCGCCCAAGCUCGGCGGCAGUCGUAGCAGUGGCAGGGAUAAGCCGCAUCACGAUCACCAUCGCCACCAUCACGGCCGGCAUCAUGACCAAGGCGAGGUCAGAGAGGAACGAGAUGAGAGCGACGAGGAUGAAGAACGAGAGAAGGAGGAAGGAGAACGCAAGAGAGAGGGGAAGACAGAGAAGGCAGGCGGGCUCGCCCGAUUCUCCAAAUCUCUGGGCGCGUCUCUGCGUCGCUUCAAGCAUGAAGACAGCUGA